CUCCCUCAAUCUCUAAUAUAUUCAAAUAUACAUAGUACUCCAUAAACCCACUCACUUCCAGCUAUCAUCUCUCUUUCUUUCCUCCCAUUAUAUACACAUUCUUCCCUUCAUUGCAUGGUGUUAAAUUCCCUUGUUUUUAUUUAUUGAUCCAUAUUAUUUCGAGAAAUGACAAUGAGCAAUGGCACGGUGAUGAACCAGUUUGGCGAUACAACGUUGACCAAAGUGUUUGUCGGAGGUUUAGCUUGGGAAACUCCAAAGGAAGCUAUGAAAGAACAUUUUGAUAAGUAUGGUGAGAUCUUGGAGGCUGUUAUUAUCUCGGACAAACUCUCUGGCCGAUCCAAAGGCUAUGGAUUUGUGACGUUUAAGGAGCCUGAGGCUGCUAAGAAGGCUUGUGAAGACGCUACACCGGUGAUCAAUGGUCGCAGAGCCAACUGCAAUUUGGCUUCACUUGGUGCGCGCCGCCCCAGAUCAACUUCCACUCCUCCUCCUCCUCAACACGGACCAGUACACAAUGUUGGGCCAAGAUCUGUGGCAGCAGCACCAGCUAACAACCAAGUGCAGUGGUACUAUUCACCUGCAGCCGCUGCAGCAACACCGGCAUUGCCAUAUCAUCAUCCCCAUCAGCAGCAGCACCACACCCUUCAGGCAGCCGCAGUGCCUUAUUAUGGGUAUUCUCCGUCUUACAUUGCCGCCGAUCAUGUCAAUUACAACCAUAAACUAGGUUACACCACUGGGUCCUACAUGAAUGGGCACUAUUCUCAAGUGUACUUGGGGCAACCCAUGAUGGGGACAGCAAACACACUGAUGCCAAUGUACCCAUUCUACCAUUUCCAUCAGACACAAGCUAUGGGCCAUCCGGCCCACUAUUAUUCUCCAACUGCUACUGCCACAAUAACAACUGGUCCAGCUCUCAUGACAAAGCCCACUUCAGUUCUCCCUAACCCAGUUUGUUUGACUGCAGAAUAGGUGCAGUUGGAGAGCAGGUGAAAGCAUUCAAGAAAGAGACUGAAAGCACUUGAAAUAAGUAGCUGGAAAUAACAAAUGCAAGGAUCUUGGCUGCUCAGAAUAAUCAUAUUAUACAUCAUCUGUAGUGGCUCUACUUUCUUUAUCUAUCCUUUUUCUUUUUCUUUCUCCAUUUUUUUUGUUUUUAUCUUAAGCAGCUAAUUAUUCAUUCAUUCCCCGCCUAACAUGUUUCUCAACUUGAGAGACAAUCAAUUGUAACUUUGAAUUAUGAUCCAUUAAAGUUCAUCCAACAUUUCAUAA